AUGCAAACUACAAUUACUUUACCGGCAGCUUGUGAUUUUCAUAUUCACACGCGUCAAGGUGUUUUAAUGGAAAUGGUAGUUCCACGAAUCGCUGAAGGUGGUGUUUCGUUAUGCUAUGUCAUGCCAAAUCUUAAACCACCAAUUACUUCCGCAGAACAAGCACUUGCAUAUAAAGCUCAACUUCAAAAACUUGCACCAAAUGUCACUUUUCUUAUGAGUUUGUAUUUAUGUCCCGAACUGACUCCUGAAGAAAUAAGAAAUGCAAAAAAACACGGAAUUGUUGGUGUUAAAUCUUAUCCAAGAGGGGUUACAACAAAUUCAGAAUCAGGCAUCGAAUCUUAUUCUAUUUAUUAUCCGGUUUUUAAAGCAAUGGAAGAGGUUGGGAUGGUCUUGAAUCUUCAUGGUGAACUUCCAAGUGAUGCUGAUCAGGAUAUUUGUGUUAUGAAUGCUGAAGAAAAGUUUUUGGUUCAUUUGAAACAAUUACAUAACGACUUUCCAAAAUUGAAAAUAGUCCUGGAACAUGCUACUACCAAAGCGGCUGUUGAUAUGGUAAAGUCUCUUGGGGAUACUGUUGGUUGUACUAUUACUAUACACCAUCUUCAAGUUAUUGUAGACGAUUGGGCUGGGCAAUGUCAUAAUUUUUGUAAACCAGUUGCUAAAUUUCCUCAUGAUCGUCAAGCUUUGCGUGAUGUUAUCCUUGAAGGUCAUCCAAGAUUUUUCUUGGGUACUGAUUCGGCACCACAUCCUGCUUAUCUCAAAGAAUGCUCCCAUUCUUGUGCUGGUGUAUUUACAACUCCUCUAGCAAUUCCAUAUCUUGCCACAAUCUUGGAUUCGUUCGGUGCAAUUGAUUGUUUAAAAAAUUUCGCAUGUGAAAAUGGCAAGAGAUUUUAUGGUGUUAGUGAGGAAGAAGGCAAAUGUCGCAAGAUUACAUUGAUUAAGGAAACUUCAUUAGUCCCUAAUUCAUAUUCUUUCGAUGAAUCUCUUGAAGAACGUCAGG